CUUACCUCUCAGUCAAACCACAACAGUAAUCCACCUCACAACCACACCACCAAGCCUCUCAACAGACCCAAAACAAAACCUAACCCCUAUUCCACAAUCCACCCCAGAUCCACAAGAUGACAACCAACCAACCCCUCCGCAUAGGCUACGUACCCGAACACUUCUCCACGCCCCUGCACUACGCACAAAAACACUUCGGAUUGACGGCAACACUAAUCCCCUUCCCUUCGGGGACAGGACAUAUGAUAACGUCGCUGCGAUCCUCGGAAAUAGAUGUGGCAAUUGGACUGACAGAGGGAUGGGUAGCGGGACUAGGGAAGGAGGAUGUGGAAGGUGAUGGGGGGUAUAGGAUUGUAGGGACUUAUGUUGAUACGCCUUUAUGUAGGUCUUCCCUUCCAUAUCCAUGUGUAUCGAAGAAGAGAUUUUGAAGAAGACGAGAGGAGAGAAGUUAAGAUGAAAGUGAAAGAAAGAACGAAGAGAGGCUAACAACCAAAAACCACAGGCUGGGCAAUCUCCACCGGCACAACCCGCCCCAUAUCCUCCAUCUCCGACCUCCAAACCCACAACAAAAUAGGCGUCUCACGCAUCGGCUCCGGCUCCUACGUAAUGGGCUACGUCCUCGCGGACCAAAACAGCUGGCUCACACCCCAAACACCCCAUCCAUUUACCAUCCACCCACUGCAAACAUUCGCCAACCUGCGCGCAGCUGUGAACUCAGGAGACGCGGAUUUCUUCAUGUGGGAACACUUCACGUCUAAGCGGUAUUAUGAUAACGGGGAGAUCAAGCGGAUAGGGGAGAUCUACACGCCGUGGCCUUCGUGGCAGAUCGUUGCGUCCACGCGACUGGAUGUGGGAGGCGAGGCGUUGGAGGGCUUGUUUGAGAAAUUGGAUCGGGGGAUCAAGUAUUUUAAUGAGAAUCCCGAGGAGAGUGUGAGGUAUAUUAGUACCGAGUUGGAUUAUAGUGAGGAGGAUGCGAGGGAGUGGUUGAAGACUGUGAAGUUUGCUGGGAAUACGAAGGGGGUUGAUAGCAAGGUGGUGGAGAAGACGAUUGGGAUUUUGAGGAAGGCUGGGGUGGUUGGGGAGGAUGGGAUGAAGGUUGAGGAGAUGAUUAGUAUCAAGGCUUGAGCUUGGAGGAUGGAGUGAAGAUGAGUGUAUAUAUGGAGUGGUGAAAACUGUAAUAUGGGAUUUGGAAAAGGACAUAGCAUUGCAAGGGGAAAAUGAAAACAGGCAAGGGAGGGGAGGAGGCUAAUUUCAACACUGAGAUACCAAAGGAAAAAGCAAUCAUGAACUGGAAUCAUUUCAAAUAAUAUCUUUACACACCAAAUCUAUCAUUCAUAUCGCUAAACAAACCCUCC